AUGGCAGUCAAGCAUGAGCUGCCUUUUUCUGGUGUAGAUAUUGAAAACGAGUUUCGCUGCAAAGUUUGCGAUUCUGAUGAUAAUCCAGACUCUGAUGAAAAUCCGGACUCUGAUGACGAUUCUGAUGACGGCUGGUCUUGUAGCGAAGAAGUAGAUCUAAAUGAAGAUUUUGUCAACACACUUGAUAAAAUGAUUGAUGCAAUAGAUUUAAUAUCUAUUCAACUUGAUAAAGUAGAUUAUGACUUGAGAGAAGAAAUGACAGACAAGCUGCGAUGUCUUGUUGAUGGCCAUGUUACUUACAAGAGGUCAGUAGAAAAAGCUUUCUCGUCACGAUAUUUUGGUGCUGCCAUCACGCGAAAAUUAAAAAACCCAGUUGAUGUUUCUGAUUGGAAAUGUGUUUGUGGAAUAGGAGGUAUUGGUGACACUGUCAACAGGACAUGUGCAACGUUUACAUUUAACCAUUUAAUCGCAGAUUUCACAAACCAAAACCUCGUGUGUAUGAAAGAAAAGGAAAAUUACUGUGGUGAAUGUCAAAAGAAUAUAAAGGAUGAGCCUAAAAAGAAUAGUGGUGAUUGGGAUGAUAAUGAGGAGGAAGAAAAAGAAGAUGAGGAGGAGGAGGAUAAUAUCUUAUUAGAAUCGUUGAUUGAAGAGAUCCGCAACGAGGUGAAGAAUAGCAUUCCUUUACACGCAUACAGAGUUGAUAUCAGUGCUAUUCAAGAUGGAAGUUCGUCUUUUAACCAUGCUUCUUGCCAAUGUAAUUAUCCAAGUUUUCGCUUGAAUGAAUAUGUAAAUCUUCGAAGUUAUCCACUUUUAAAUCACGUGCAUGUUGUGUUUGCAGAAGUUGAUGGAGAAAUGCGUGCUUCGACGUCUUAUGGCGGUAUUGUGGCGCUUUAAUCAGAACACUGCUUUUCAUUUUCAAAAGGUUUUUUGAAUUCAACCUAUUUCUUCAUAACUUCGACCUUGUUUUUGUGGAAUGUGUUUUGUGAAGAUGGUAAGAUUACACGAUUUUAUAAAGAGACAUUGGCAAUAACUUAGAAUUUAAUCCUUGUCCAAAUAGUUUGGUAAUAUCUGCUUAAGAAAUGUUUGUUCAUUUUCUUUUAUAUUUCAGCCUUUUAUGACAUUAAAAAAGAGGAGGAAAGUUAUAGAAGAACUUCACAUUUUUAUGUUUUGCAUUGACACUUAUUGUAACUUUUUCCUAGUAGAUUCUAGCAGCGCGCAUUUUUGAGCGUUGUUCGCUUCAUUAGUCAGUUACGGUUGACAAGGAUGUGAACUUUUUAAAAAAAUCACCCAUGUUGAUAUUUAAGCAAUAUUGAUAUUAAUUAUGCACCUAAUGUGUCCUAACUUGCAACUCAAUAAAAUCGCGAAAUCGGGGGA